AUGCUCAACACCCUCGACAUGUUCUCCCGAUUUGCCAUCAAUGUGGCCUUUUUCGGCUUUUACAGCUACCUCAUGGUUCAACAAAUAAGCUCGAAGCUCAUUUCCGUGCAUCGGGCCCGCGAUAUUAAGAAAUACCUAAAUGGAGUCAUGUUGCAGCUCGCACCAACCGUCGUUUUCUACAUGCUCCCAUUGUCCUGGUGCGUAUUUACCUACGUCUUCGACCUACGCAUAGCGCUAAAUCAAGUUAUCAACGACAUUUGCGCGUUGGUGUCAGUGUUCCAGAGCCCCGUCUGCGUCAUGACUGCCGUGCUGCUCAACAAGGGAUCCCGAGAAUUUUUCAAGAAGAAAAUUAAUAAAGAGCGUGCACUCGAGUUGGGUAGCUGUCUGGUCGCUGCGGUCCCCGAGCCCGGCACUUCGUUGGUUUUACAGAUGCCACGUGGGAAUCUCGAGACGAUACAUCCACGAAUUUUUGUGGUCGCUGGUAUUCGGACGCAGCUCACUGACAGACGCUACCUGCAAGCCCUAAAGGCAAUGAAGAAGCAUCGGAUCGAUAUGAACCUUCUCUUUGACCAAAAUCCUGAGAAAUUCUUUGCCGACAUGCGGUAUCUCAUCGAGACUGUCAACGACCCGGAUCUGCUGAAUUUGUUCGUCGCCGCCCUGAAUGAUGCGCCUUCGGAAUGGAGUGAAAGCCGUUUAGUCUAUCCGAAUAAGGUCCAAGUUGUGUGUGAGGCUCUGAGCGAGGCCUUCAAGCAGCUCCCGGAAGAGAGGAGGAGGUCUUUGCUGACUGUGCUUCUCUCCGUGCUGCUGAAGACAGAUCCUCCAAGUAUCAAGGAAGCGCUACGACAUGUCCGGGAGAAUUCCCUCGCUGUUUCACCAGAAGAUCGUGAGAAGACCACCCGGUACUGGCUGCACCAUGUCGGCUUCUUCGUCGAAUCCAAGGCCCUUUUCUCGGCGGCCCUGUCCACCUAUGAUCUCCCGUUGACUGUUCAGGUGGCCGAGGCUUCAAACGCGGACCCAAAGGAAUUUUUACCAUUGCUCAAUCGCUUGCGAAAAUUCCAUACGGAUUUGGUGCGUGAGGACUGGGACGGAGCGCUGAAGCAUAUCGCCGGACUGGACCAGCAUUUCGAGGAGGCCGUGCAGCUUAUCAAACAAAAAGGCAUCUACGCGUCGGCCAUGCGGACAUUUGUGGCCACUGGCAAAUAUAGGGAAAUCUGCGCUAUAUACGCCGAAUUCUUGGAAACGAAGGCACAAUGGGCUGAGGCGGCUCUAAUUUAUGCGAAUGCCGGGAGAUUGCAGGACCAAGCGCGCUGUCUGGAAAAAGCUAGGGAACCGACAGAGUAUUAUCGCGUAGCAAAAUUGGUCGGAAGGUCAGAGGAUGAUAUCAAGGCAGUCCUACGGAAGAUGUGCGCAUUGUUGAAGUCGACGUCAAGCUGGGAGAAGCUGGUGGAAUGCCUCGUGCUAACGGAUUCAUCUGUCUCGACCAUUUGUGAAGCGCUCGUCGAGGCUGGGAGAUGGGAAGAAGCCUUGGAUAAAGCCCAUGUUGAUGAGAAAGCCUUCCAGAGCACCCGGAAAGCUGACACUCAAAGAGCGAAAGUGGAGAAGCAUGUGGAAAGAUUAAAGAUUGUCAGGACAAUCAAGGAACGACGAUUGGUCAAUUUGAAGGAAGGACUCGAAACUGGGCGGGACCUGGAGGACAUCGACGCUUUCAGUGAGGCCAGCACUGCCAGCGGCGUGAGCCGAUCCGGUAGCAGCAGGGCUUCGACUACGGCAACCGCUCGCAAGCGCAAAACUAUCGAGAAGAAGAAGCGGAAUCUGAAAGAGGGCGGUGAAUGGGAGGAUGCGGCCAUUUUGCUGGCAGCUCACGAAAUAUAUUCAUCCAUGGAAUUGAUGACAAGAGAAGCAUCUCUCAUUCUGAGGCCGCUGGUUCGCGUCUCGGCUCUGGAUGAGGCUCUAUCGACACAGACGUCAAUUUCCGAACUGGAAGCCAAGUGCCAAUCGCUGCUUCACUACACUAUCGACAACGUGCUCAACAUCCCAGAAGACGGUGGAAUGCCUGCAUCAUUUGUUCUCGAGCCCGAGAUGUGCCCUCCGAAGCUGCCAAUCGGUUCUUGGAAGCUGCCGAUGCUAUCGAAUCCAAAAUUA